UGAGCACCCUCGCCUAUGAGGUCGCCAGGGCUGGGUCGGCGAUUGUCCCUUCCCGGGCCCCGUCCCGAGUCGGCGACUGCCCUUGUCAACCGGAGCCUGAGAGAUCAUGGCAACGGGCUCGGGCGGGGAGCGCGUCGCAGCUGCGGCAGCGGCGGCAGUUUGGUCGCUGGCCGGGGCGGCGGAGCGGCGGCGGCGGCGGCAGCACUGGCUCUGACACCGGCCCUGAGCACCAUGCUGCGGGGCAGACCCGAGAGGGAGCUGGUGGCCUGGUGGGAGGCGGAGGCCGUGGCCGGGGCCAAAGCGCAUGCGGCGGAGGAGCAGGUCCGCGUGGACCCGGGCGCUGCCGGGGAGCCGGAGCGCAAGGCGGGGGAGGAGCAGCCCAAGGAGCCGGCCCCGGCGCAGCCCCGCGCGGCCGAGGAGGGCGACGCCCAAGUCCCACCGCGGCCGCCGCCCACGCUGCCCAUGUACCAGGCGAAGCCGGUGUCGGCGCAGGGCCUCUACUCUCACGGGAAGUCCAGGAGCAAGAGCCGUAGCUGCAAGCGGAGCUCGGACCGGUCCGAGGAGUACUGCUCUCCGCGUCCUGUCACCGUGGACAGCUCCAAGGCCAGGACCUCCCUGGACGCCCUGAAGAUCAGCAUUCGCCAGCUCAAGUGGAAGGAGGUGAGGUCCGGCCCGGCCGCGUGGGCACAGGGGGGUGGACUGGACGACCUCAGAGGAGACGGACGGCCCAGGCCAGGUCUGAGGGCCGAGCUCCUGCUGUGCGCCACGCUUGUCAGCCGCAAACUGCUCAUCCUUCAAAGCCUAGCCCCCAAGUCACUUCCUCAAGACGGCUCUAGACCCCUCCAGGUCAAGUUAGCCACUCCCUCCUCUGGCUCCCCUGCAGCUCCCCUCCAGCUCCAUGGUCUCCAGCCAUCAGCGCUGGCCUUCCCACAUGCACCAUCACAUCACCGUUAGCAUCAUUGUCGUCAGUGUAGGCACUGUGUUAUAUGUUUCAAGGCUUGGCUAUAGCAGGUGUCAGGAAGUGGUGGGUGAAAAGGUGAAUGAAGGAAUGGGUUAUUUGUCCCUGAACUCAUUUUAGACCUGGUGGGGGCUGGGAUGAAGCACCAGUGACAUCCAGAGAUAUCUGUUGCAGUUGGCGGAGUGGAUAAAGCCAUUUGACUUUAUUUGCAGCACCUAAGGUUAUUUAAUGUGCUUUGGGGAGCGUCAGGAUUGUGGUUUGGGGUAGUCGAAUCUGGAGGCUUGGACCCAGAUGGUCUGCUGAUGGUACAGGAUCUGUAGCAGGCAACACGAGGACGCAGGUCCUUAACCCUGGGUCUUAGCUAUGGUAGAAGUUCAGGAAUGGUUUAAUGAAGUUGGAACAUGCAGAGAGAUGGCCACAGAAAGGAUUGAUGAGGUCGGAGGGUUGAUAUCCCAGCAGAAGGGGUCGUGUGGUUUGGAGGGCAGUCAAGAAUCAGGCAGGGCAGACUGCCAAGUAGGGAGGUGUUAGCCAUUGGGAAGUCUGAUUCUAGGGGUCAGGGCCCCCCAGCCUUGGGGCCUGGGGUUCAGGGGAGGACUUUGAUGCCUAUGAAACCUGGAGAAAGUGAGGGAGGCUCCCAGUACUAGGUGUCUGGGUUUGGGGACAGGGUCCCAGGUCCAGACCAGAGAUACGAGGACCAGAACAAGAUAAACCUGGAGAGCCUGUCAGUACUAUAGUCCUAAUGAAGGGAGGAUCCAGGAACUGAGACCAGGCCACAGAAUUAAGGAAGACUGAUUGGCCCAAGCCUGUGCUUAGCGUAGCCCUGGGGAGGAGAGAGACGCAAAACUGGCCAGAUCUCAAGUGAUGGAGCCACACGGACUCAGAAAUCAGCAAUCACACGUGCUGGGCCAACUUCAUUCACUCAUCCCGUAAGUGUCCGUAGUGUCCACUAUGGAUGCUGGGCCCUGCGAAUCAAAGAUGCUUAAGGUGUGACCCUUGCCUUCAAGGACCUCCAAGUUCAGUAGGAGGUAAGACACAAGUAAAGAAAUCAUUGCAGUAGUUCCAGGGCCUUUGCUACUGCUUCUUGAAAUGCUCUUUUCCCAGCUAUUGGCAUGGCUUAGUCUGUUACUUCAGAUCUCUGAUCAAAUACCACCUCCUUGGAGAGGCCUUCCCCCAAGAUCCCUCCACUCUUAUUUUUUUUUUCAUAGCACUGAACUCUAGUGACAUUAUAUUUUGUAUUGUUUAUUGUCUGUUUCCCUCAGUAGAAUGUAAGCUCCAUGAGGGCAGGGGCUUUUAUUUUAUUUACUGCUGUAUCCUCAGGCGCUUGGCACAUAGAGGUGCUCAAUAAAUAUUUGUUGACUGGAUGAACACCUUA